UACCUUCAAUAUUCAAUAACCACUAUUUACCCAAUAAAAAACUGCCAAAAUAGCAUAUGAAGUUCAAACCUCAAUUCCAGUGGCAAAACGGUGACAAUUAAGGCAACGGUUAGAUAUCAAAGAGGCAUUAUAGGAAGUAGGAGAAAUUAAGCACGGAAAUUAAGCAUAACUAAAGGUUUGUGAAUAACAUUCAAAUAUGAAAAAUUAGGUAUAUACAGCGAAGAGCAAAGUGAGACGAGAAGUUUGCAUUCUUUGAACGUUUGACAGAAUGACGUCCAGCAGGAUCGAAAUAAUCAAACCCCCUGCGGAGGAACCUGCUAGUUGCGCACAUCAGUUUCAGUCUACUAUCUCAGCCUCAGGAAUAUGCAAAUACACUAUGGAAGGCUGGUGUUUCAGGAGAAUAUUUGUGUGGAUGAGAAAAUAAAGGUCAUUCUGAAUCUAUUAGAAGAUGAUGAUGAUAAUUCUCCCUUGAAAAAUGCUGAAAUAAGUUUGAGAAAAAAACAAACAAUGAAGAAAGCAGUUCAAGAUCUCUACAUAUCUUACCGCUCCUUAGCAGAGAAAUACGAAAGCUUAAAAUCAUCAUCAUCCCCUUCAAGCAUGAAAUACAUGGAUGAUUCUCAGUUGGAGACUACUGAUUCAAAUCCUGAAUCCAUUGUAGAAGAUGUGGAUAUUGAUUGUGAAGGCACAAUGACUGAUAUUGAAAAUAUAAAGAGGUCUUCGAAUAACUUAGUACCCAAAGAUGGAUGCAGCAUUAGGCCAGAAAUGGUAUGGUCUGAUGGAGUGAAGUUGAAAUUUUCAAAGCUUGUUGAAGAAAAUACACAGCUGCAGGUUGAGUUGAUCAGAAGAAACUCUGAGAAGAGAGAGACCAUCAUAAAGCUUCAAAAUCAGGUGAGGAUGUUGAGGGUCGAAAAUGACAGACUGCAGCGUACUCUAAGUUACUUUGAUCGUAACAAACAGCACAUCCAAGAGAGUUCACCAAGGAGGAAAUCAAUACUUAUAGACAAGUUCUUCAGAGGAUGCUCUCCGUAAAUUUAUAGUAUGUCAUGUAAAUAAUCCAUAACGCACUGCUCAUAUAAACCUCAAUUAUUGGAACAUUCGACAUAUUAAGCAAGUUUCUUAUUUCUU